AUGUCCAGACAACCGUUACACGAUCACAACCAGAACUUACCGGGGCUUUUGCCUCUGGGAAUUACUGAGACACCUGUGUCACGUCCCGCCACAAAAAUAUCCACCAUUUCCACACCUCCACAUUCCGUGUAUAAGCGCAACGUCAACUUGGCUACCCCAGUACGUGCCGACUACUCCACCGCCCACAUCCACGCCCAGAAUAUCCAUACACAUACCCACGGUGCUCCCCGCAGCGUGCUCUUGUCGCCAGCGUUCUCAUCGCCCCAACCUCCUCAUGCUCCAGCAUUCGGUAAUCCCUUGGUCAAAUCCGCCUAUAUGAAUCCUCCCAUGGAGCCCACGCCAUUCCUGGCGCCCGCUGCCGACCUCGAUUUACCUGUUGAUGACGCUCCUAAGAAAAAGCGUCCCAAGAAGACGAAACGUGAACCCCGAGAAUGUUUCUCUUUGGACUCAUCUGACAAACCUCCCUACUCGUACGCAACCUUGAUUGGCAUGUCGAUUCUCACUCAUCCCGAUAAACAACUCACUUUGUCGCAAAUCUACCUGUGGAUAUCCGAAACGUUCAAGUACUACCGCCGUGAAGAUGUGGGCUGGCAGAACCUGAUAAGACACAACCUUUCGCUCAAUAAAGCCUUUGUCAAAGGCGCAAAGUCUAAAGAUGGCAAAGGUCACUUCUGGUGUAUUAAGCCUGAGUGCGAGGACCUCUUUUUGAAGGCAAAGAACAACAAAAAGAGUCUGUACCACGAGUUCAUGGACCAGUUAGCUCUGGCCAGACGCUCCGCUUCCCUCAACUCUUUACCUCUGUCUCCAACAGCACUGGCCUCCGACGAUGGUUCUCGCAAAAGAUCCAAUGAUCUGCAUGAGGAUGUCUCUUCAAAGAGAUACCAUCAUGAUCUGUUCUGGGACGAAGGUAGAGUGGACAGCGACACAGAAACUGGCCCAGAUGUGGACUCUUCAUUGCUUAGAACGCCUGCUCAAAUCGCAAUCGUUACCGAAUCUCCAGAUAAGCCUUUGCUUGCUGGGAAACACCUUACUUUCGCCUCUAGUUUCAGCUGCAGCCUGAAUUUUGAGCUUCUGCCAGUGAACCCGGUCGAGACGGGCCCCUUGUUGGAGCCUUUGACGCCUGCCCGCAACGUUGUAUUGCUGCAAGCGCCAGGGAACGUCUCGAUGCACUUGCCCACCAUUACACUCAACCGCGUGGUGACCCAACACCUUCCUCAACUCCAUCCUCCAAUUCUGUCCACUCCACGAGCUGCUGGUACAGCUCGUACCCCGAAAUCUUCGGUGAAGACUCCACUUCGUACACUCAAGACGCCUCUGGGCAGUACAAUUAUCCGCAAGUUGUGGAACUCUCCUUCUUAUCUAGAAGAGUUCUACUACUCUCCGUUUGGCUCAUCACGUGCCGUACUUAAUUCGUACGACGACGACGACAUGCUAAUGCGAGCAUUCGAUAGUCCUUCGUCGUCGAAAAUUAACCGCGUGAGUUUGCUUUCCGAAUUGAAGAAAGCUAACCAUGAGGUCGCUGAGACGCCAAACAGCGAAGCGGACUCUUCCACUGCAGAUGCCACUGACAUCGAUGGGUGCAAUGACUCUGAGUAA